AUGGAAAAGAACAUCUGCUACCGGCAACGAAGGAGAAAAGAAGUCGUCUACGACGAUUGCGUACUCGAGGACUCCUUGUCCCAAAGUGACUGGCACAUCGAGGAGGACCCAAACGUGGACUACGAGAUGCUGCUCAGAGGAUUACGAGCCUGUGCUGAACGUGCCUUGAAGCCGCGCACGACAAACUUGGAUCGAAUUUUGAAGACCACCAAGGAAUUGUUGGAAAGAAGAGGGGCUUUGAGGCUUGAUCCGAAUGCAUCGCACAUUGAGCGACAGAAGAGGAUUCUGGAAGCAGCACAAAGAAGAACGAGUCUAAAGAAGUGCCGCAGGGAUCUCCGCGAACAUAAUAUUCCGCUACCAGCCUUGCUAAGCAAAGACAGGACUCCCAAGUCUUCUCUUCGUGAGAUGAAAAUCAUUACGGAGAGGUUCUACUCGAACCUUUUCCGUUCAUCAACUCCUGUGUCAAGCCCAAUCAUCCCCACUGGUGAAGCUCCACCACGGAUUCUCCCUUCGGAAGUACGAGUCGCUAUCAAAAGCAUGAAACCUGGCACAGCCCCCGACCUGAUUUUAUAUCAGCAGACUUUCUUCGGAAAGAAAGGAUCCCAGACCAGUGGAAGACCUCGCGAACCGUUCUCAUCCAUAAGAAAGGGACUCGUCGGGGUGCUCGGUGUGUGCGAAGUUAUUGGAGAAGACGGUGCGGACGUGGUUGCUGCAGGAAUCGAUGUAGAUGGCGAGAUCGAUUUCGGUGUUGGAGAUGUCGCUUCCUUCGAAGGACUUGUCUGCGUGUUCUGUGUAGAUGGAGUUGUUGCAGAUUGUGGUGUAGAUAACGAGGAUCUUGUUGGUUUUCGAUACGUCGUUUUCCUUGAAGGAUUAUUCGGGGUGCUCGGCGUGUAUGAAGUUGUUGGAGAAGACCGUGCAGAUGUGGUUGCUGCAGUAGUCGGUGUAGAUGGCGAGAUCGAUUUUGGCGUUGGAGACGUAGGUUUCUUUGACGAUGUCAUUGUCGGAGUACUUGGUGUAGGUGGUGCUGUUGGAGAGUGUAGUGUAGAUGGCGAGAUCGAUUUCACUGUUGCAGAUGUCGUUUUCUUCGAAGGACUGGUCGGACUAUUCCGUGUAAAGGUUGUUGGAGAGUGUGGUGCAGAUGACAAGGUUCCUUUGGAUUUUGGUGAAGUAGAUUUCUGCGUUGAUGGUGUUGUUGAUGUGGAUGGGCUAGAUGUCGAGCUUCCUUUGGAUUUUGGAGAUGAAGGUUUUGCGGAAGAGGGAGUUGAUGGAGGCUGCGGUGUAGACGGCGAGGUUUUCGUUGGUUUUGAUGAUGUAGGUGUUGUCGAUUUCUUCGAAGGUGGAGUAGUUGAGGUGGAUGCAUUCGGGCGCGAGCUUCCUUUGGAUUUUGGAGAUGAAGGUUUUGCGGAAGAGGGAGUUGAUGGAGGCUGCGGUGUAGACGGCGAGGUUUUCGUUGGUUUUGAUGAUGUAGGUGUUGUCGAUUUCUUCGAAGGUGGAGUAGUUGAGGUGGAUGCAUUCGGGCGCGAGCUUCCUUUGGAUUUUGGAGAUGAAGGUUUUGCGGAAGAGGGAGUUGAUGGAGGCUGCGGUGUAGACGGCGAGGUUUUCGUUGGUUUUGGUGAUGUAGGUGUUGUCGAUUUCUUCGAAGGUGGAGUAGUUGAGGUGGAUGCAUUCGGGCGCGAGCUUCCUUUGGAUUUUGGAGAUGAAGGUUUUGCGGAAGAGGGAGUUGAUGGAGGCUGCGGUGUAGACGGCGAGGUUUUCGUUGGUUUUGAUGAUGUAGGUGUUGUCGAUUUCUUCGAAGGUGGAGUAGUUGAGGUGGAUGCAUUCGGGCGCGAGCUUCCUUUGGAUUUUGGAGAUGAAGGUUUUGCGGAAGAGGGAGUUGAUGGAGGCUGCGGUGUAGACGGCGAGGUUUUCGUUGGUUUUGGUGAUGUAGGUGUUGUCGAUUUCUUCGAAGGUUUUGCGGAAGAGGGAGUUGAUGGAGGCUGCGGUGUAGACGGCGAGGUUUUCGUUGGUUUUGAUGAUGUAGGUGUUGUCGAUUUCUUCGAAGGUGGAGUAGUUGAGGUGGAUGCAUUCGGCCGCGAGCUUCCUUUGGACUUUGUUGAAGUAGAUUUCUGCGACGAUGGUGUUGUUGAUGUGGAUGGGCUAGAUGUCGAGCUUCCUUCGGAUUUUGGAGAUGAAGGUUUUGCGGAAGAGGGAGUUGAUGGAGGCUGCGGUGUAGACGGCGAGGUUUUCGUUGGUUUUGAUGAUGUAGGUGUUGUCGAUUUCUUCGAAGGUGGAGUAGUUGAGGUGGAUGCAUUCGGGCGCGAGCUUCCUUUGGAUUUUGGAGAUGAAGGUUUUGCGGAAGAGGGAGUUGAUGGAGGCUGCGGUGUAGACGGCGAGGUUUUCGUUGGUUUUGGUGAUGUAGGUGUUGUCGAUUUCUUCGAAGGUGGAGAAGUUGAGGUGGAUGCAUUCGGCGGCGAUUUGGACUUGAAGAGAUUAUUGUUUAUUGGUGUUGUCGAUUUCUUCGAAGGUGGAGUAGUUGAGGUGGAUGCAUUCGGGCGCGAGCUUCCUUUGGAUUUUGGAGAUGAAGGUUUUGCGGAAGAGGGAGUUGAUGGAGGCUGCGGUGUAGACGGCGAGGUUUUCGUUGGUUUUGGUGAUGUAGGUGUUGUCGAUUUCUUCGAAGGUGGAGUAGUUGAGGUGGAUGCAUUCGGGCGCGAGCUUCCUUUGGAUUUUGGAGAUGAAGGUUUUGCGGAAGAGGGAGUUGAUGGAGGCUGCGGUGUAGACGGCGAGGUUUUCGUUGGUUUUGGUGAUGUAGGUGUUGUCGAUUUCUUCGAAGGUGGAGUAGUUGAGGUGGAUGCAUUCGUGGACGCGAGCUUCUUUGGAUUUUGUGAGAUUGAAGGUGUUGUCGAUUUCUUCGAAGGUGGAGUAGUUGAGGUGGAUGCAUUCGGGCGCGAGCUUCCUUUGGAUUUUGGAGAUGAAGGUUUUGCGGAAGAGGGAGUUGAUGGAGGCUGCGGUGUAGACGGCGAGGUUUUCGUUGGUUUUGGUGAUGUAGGUGUUGUCGAUUUCUUCGAAGGUGGAGUAGUUGAGGUGGAUGCAUUCGGGCGCGAGCUUCCUUUGGAUUUUGGAGAUGAAGGUUUUGCGGAAGAGGAGUUGAUGGAGGCUUGCGAAUGUAGAGGCGAGUUUUCUUGUUUUGUGAUUAGGUGUUGUCAUUUCUUCGAAGGUGGAGUAGUUGAGGUGGAUGCAUUCGGGCGCGAGCUUCCUUUGGAUUUUGGAGAUGAAGGUUUUGCGGAAGAGGGAGUUGAUGGAGGCUGCGGUGUAGACGGCGAGGUUUUCGUUGGUUUUGGUGAUGUAGGUGUUGUCGAUUUCUUCGAAGGUGGAGUAGUUGAGGUGGAUGCAUUCGGCCGCGAGCUUCCUUUGGACUUUGUUGAAGUAGAUUUCUGCGACGAUGGUAUUGUUGAUGUGGAUGGGCUAGAUGUCGAGCUUCCUUUGGAUUUUGGAGAUGAAGGUUUUGCGGAAGAGGGAGUUGAUGGAGGCUGCGGUGUAGACGGCGAGGUUUUCGUUGGUUUUGGUGAUGUAGGUGUUGUCGAUUUCUUCGAAGGUGGAGUAGUUGAGGUGGAUGCAUUCGGCGGCGAGCUUCCUUUGGAUUUUGGAGAUGAAGGUUUUGCGGAAGAGGGAGUUGAUGGAGGCUGCGGUGUAGACGGCGAGGUUUUCGUUGGUUUUGGUGAUGUAGGUGUUGUCGAUUUCUUCGAAGGUGGAGUAGUUGAGGUGGAUGCAUUCGGGUGCGAGCUUCUUUCGGAUUUUGGAGAUGAAGGUUUUGCGGAAGAGGGAGUUGAUGGAGGCUGCGGUGUAGACGGCGAGGUUUUCGUUGGUUUUGGUGAUGUAGGUGUUGUCGAUUUCUUCGAAGGUGGAGUAGUUGAGGUGGAUGCAUUCGGGCGCGAGCUUCCUUUGGAUUUUGGAGAUGAAGGUUUUGCGGAAGAGGGAGUUGAUGGAGGCUGCGGUGUAGACGGCGAGCUUUUCGUUGGUUUUGGUGAUGUAGGUGUUGUCGAUUUCUUCGAAGGUGGAGUAGUUGAGGUGGAUGCAUUCGGGCGCGAGCUUCCUUUGGACUUUGGAGAUGAAGGUUUUGCGGAAGAGGGAGUUGUGUUUUGUGAUGAGGUGUUGUUGAUAGUGGGGCUAGAUGUCGAGCUUCUUUUGGAUUUUGGAGAUGAAGGUUUUGCGGAAGAGGGAGUUGAUGGAGGCUGCGGUGUAGACGGCGAGGUUUUCGUUGGUUUUGGUGAUGUAGGUGUUGUCGAUUUCUUCGAAGGUGGAGUAGUUGAGGUGGAUGCAUUCGGGCGCGAGCUUCCUUUGGAUUUUGGAGAUGAAGGUUUUGCGGAAGAGGGAGUUGAUGGAGGCUGCGGUGUAGACGGCGAGGUUUUCGUUGGUUUUGGUGAUGUAGGUGUUGUCGAUUUCUUCGAAGGUGGAGUAGUUGAGAUGGGAGUUGAUUGGAUGGCUGACAGCGGAUUGGAGAGAACGGCGGUUUUCGUUGGUUUUGGUGAUGUAGGUGUUGUCGAUUUCUUCGAAGGUGGAGUAGUUGAGGUGGAUGCAUUCGGGCGCGAGCUUCCUUUGGAUUUUGGUAGAUUUUGCGAAGAUGGUGUUGUUGAUGUGGAUGGGUAG